AUGCGUAAACUCGAUAGGAAGAAGAACGUCGUUGUUCCAGCGGUUUUUAGCCCUGAAAGCAUGGAAGCAGCUCGACUCUAUUGGAUCAAGGCGACUCAAGCCUAUCAUCUCCAAGCCGAGUGUGACAUUAUCUCUCACGGAUUCCAGUUGAAGAAGUCUCAUCCGUUGACCAAACUCACUGCGUUCAUUGAUCAACAAGGAGUUCUCAGAGUGGGCGGACGUCUGAAGUUCUCAACUCUAGGAGCAGAGAGUAGACAUCAGGCGAUAAUCCCUCAAGGAUCAGUGCUCGCAGAGCUUCUCAUCAGGGACUCUCAUCAGCGUACGCUGCAUGGCGGAACUCAGCGCACGUUGACGCAUCUCAGGAGGUCUUACUGGAUUAUUGGAGGUCGUCUACCAGUAAGAUCCUUCAUCCUCAAGUGUGUUGAGUGUGCGCGUCAUCGUGGGAUCAGAGCGCAGCAGCUGAUGGAGCAGCUUCCAAUGGCACGUCUUGUAUCUGAUCGAGCCUUCUCUAACACUGGUGUGGAUUAUGCAGGACCAAUAUCUCUCAAGACGUGGAAAGGGCGUGGGCACAAGACUCAGAAAGGGUGGCUAGUGGUGUUUGUGUGCAUGGCCACGUCCGCUCUACAUCUGGAAGCUGUCACGGACUACUCUACUGACGGCUUUAUCGCGGCCGACAGGAGGUUCGUGAGUCGCCGAGGAUACUGCAGACAUCUCUACAGCGACUGUGGCACAAAUUUCAUCGGAGCUGACAAGGAAUUGAAGAAGUUGUUCUCUGCUGGUACCAAGGAAUUCCAGCAUCUCUCUGCAGUAUGUCUCAAGGAUGGAACGAGGUGGACGUUCAAUUCUCCCGGAGCCCCUCAUUUUGGAGGAAAAUGGGAAGCAGCGGUCAAGUCAGUGAAGUAUCAUCUCUCUCGAACGGUUCGGAAUACCACUUUCACGUUCGAGGAUCUCUCAACGCUGCUGACCCGGAUUGAAGCAGUUCUCAACUCCAGGCCUCUACAAGCGCUCUCGGAAGACCCUGAUGACGUGUCCUGUCUCACCCCAGGACAUUUUCUCAUUGGAGAAGCUCCAAUAGCUCUCCCGGAGCCUAACAUCGAACAUCUCAACGUUGGACGGCUUUCAAGAUGGCAACUGAUUCAACAGAGGCUGCAGUUCUUCUGGAAGCAGUGGUCUACAUGA